AUGCGGCGGCGAAUGGGCUGCUUCUCGGAGGGUUUAGUGGUGGAUUGUGAAUGCGGUGGCGAGGAGGCGGGACCGAGCGGCGUGGAGAAUGGGCCGAGCCAGAUCCGGGCGCUGAUGAGAAAGCGCUCGCUGCCAAAACCGCUACCAGAGGGUUUCAUCCUCAUCGACACCGAGAAGAAGAGCUGGAGGCUGGGCCGGCUCAUCGGCCAGGGCGGCUGUGGCCUCGUCUACACAGCGUCGCUGGACGUGGAGCGACCGGUUCCUUCUGACGCUCAGUUUGUGGUGAAAGUGGAGAAUCUGGAGAAUGGCCCUCUGUUCUGUGAGCUGAAGUUUUACCAGAGAGCAGCGAAGAAAGACACGAUCCAGCAGUGGAUGCAGAGGCGGAGGCUGGACUUCCUGGGGAUCCCCUCGUACUGGGGCUCCGGACAGGCCCAGCACAACGGCAUGCGGUAUCGCUUCAUGGCUCUGGACCGUCUGGGCUGUGACCUGCAGACCCUCUGUGACCAACACGGAGGAAGGUUCACUGCCCACACCGUGCUGCAGCUCGGGAAGAGACUGGUGGAUGUGCUGGAGUUCAUCCACGACAGUGAGUACGUCCACGGCGACAUCAAGGCUGCGAAUGUGAUGCAGGGACUCAGGGACCAGCAGCAGGUGAGGAUCAGGGACCAGCAGCAGGGGAGGAUCAGGGACCAGCAGCAGGUGAGGAUCAGGGACCAGCAGCAGGUGAGGAUCAGGGACCAGCAGCAGGGGAGGAUCAGGGACCAGCAGCAGGGGAGGAUCAGGGACCAGCAGCAGGGGAGGAUCAGGGACCAGCAGCAGGUGAGGAUCAGGGACCAGCAGCAGGGGAGGAUCAGGGACCAGCAGCAGGGGAGGAUCAGGGACCAGCAGCAGGUGAGGAUCAGGGACCAGCAGCAGGUGAGGAUCAGGGACCAGCAGCAGGGGAGGAUCAGGGACCAGCAGCAGGGGAGGAUCAGGGACCAGCAGCAGGGGAGGAUCAGGGACCAGCAGCAGGUGAGGAUCAGGGACCAGCAGCUGGGGAGGAUCAGGGACCAGCAGCAGGUGAGGAUCAGGGACCAGCAGCAGGUGUACCUGGCGGAUUACGGCCUGUGCUACCGCUACUGUCCAGAGGGGGCGCACAAAGAGUACAAGGAAAACCCCAAGAAAGGCCACGACGGGACCAUCGAGUACACAAGCCUGGACGCUCACAAAGGAGUGGCUCCGUCGCGGCGCAGUGACCUCCAGAUCCUGGGCUUCUGUCUGCUGCACUGGCUCAGCGGACAUCUGCCCUGGACAGGACUGAGACCAGAGCAAGUCCAGGAGGCCAAGACCAGGUUCCUGCAGGCCCUGCCGGAGUCUGUGAAGCAGCUGACCUCAGAUCAGCCAGGGACAGAUGAAUUGUGCUCCUUCCUCCGACAUGUGCGCUCGCUGCAGUAUCAGGACAAACCAGACUACGACCUCCUCCGACGGAUCCUGCACCGCCCCGGGUCUGGACUGGACUUAGACCUGAGACCCAAACCCGAGUCCAGACCCCAGGAACCAGUGCGAAGACCCAAGAAAACAGGCAGAGGCCGAGGUGCGCCUGGAGCUGAGGCCGUGGAGGUGGAGGAAGAGGAGAAGAGGAUGAAGCCAAAACAGAUUGAUCCCAAAUAUCUGCGAGGACCUCCCAUCUCCAGCUCACAAUCUGCAGCUGAGGCCAUGGAGCUGGAUGAAGAAGAGGAUGAAGAAGAGGAUGAAGAAGAAGAGGAGGAGACAACACGGAUCGAUCCAAAGUAUUUAAGAGGACCUCCCCUCUGCAGAGCACAGGUACAGACUGAAGCGCGCUCGCUCCCUGUGCCAACACACACACACUUCCACACAGACGACGAAGACGAGGAGGAAGAAAGAGCACGACUCCGCAGAGGCCCCAGACCCAGGGGCCCCCACACUGAAGCGGUGAGCAACACAUCUCACUCCAAUACUGCUCCAGCCAAAACAUUAUGA